UCGGGGAUCGAGAUAGGGCGUUGGGUAGGCACGCUGAUUUAUGGGUUCCAUGGAUAAGCGUGGAAAGUGGGAAUGUUACAGAGGAGGAUCUGGUGCCCAAGAGAUGGAGGACGAGUAGAAGCGAGGAGGGUUUGGAUGAAGACGAUGGUUUUUCAGUUUCUCGUUUUUAUGGAGACAUUGAAGCUGGUAGCGAUUUGGAAAGUGUAGUGGAAGAGCUUGCUUCCUCAAGUACAGGGUUCAAUGGCUUUAGAAUUUCUGCAUUUUCUGAAGGGGAAGAUGAGGCAGAAGAAGAUGAAUGGGCUGAAGAGGAUGUGGCACCUGACUAUCUGCUAGAGAUGAGUGACGAGGAAGAUGGGUAUUUCUGAUAUGUCCGCAUGAUGCUCAUACAUUUGUAUACUGGACAACUUUACUAAAAUUCAUUCAUUGUGGAGGAUGUUUCUGUAAUGAAUGAAGUGGACGAUGUCUUGAUUGCUCGCCUAAGGCAUGUGUGACAUUGACAUUUCCAAAGGUGUAUCUGUUCAUUAUCCGACACCAAUAUCAGGUCUGGCUACUGGGCUUGCACAUUUGAAGGUUCAGAUUUUCCAUUCAUUUACCAUUUUUCCAGUAUGUGUCUUAUGUAAAUCAAUGGACAUGCUCUCUUUGUCCAUGAUGAUUUGAUAUUUGAUAUAAAAGUCAUAUGCUCCCUAUUGAACUGGGGCCACUCCCAUAUCUUACAAAUUUAGCUUCCUAUUGAAGACUUGGUUUUUUAUUUGGCAUUUGCGGUGCGGUACUUUCACAUUGGACCUAAUCGGCUUUUUGACUGGAAGAGUUGCUCUUUCAAUUUCUCAAGACUUGAUAAGGAUUAAGGCAGAUACAGAUGUAUUAAGUAAGGCAGCAGUCGCCAUUUGACAUGAAAAAGAAAGGAUCCUUUUGUGGUGAAACCCUUUGGAUGCAUUGAUUGAUCUUUGCUGGUUGGGCAGUGCAUUUGUCAAACAUUGGCAUCCACAUAUUUGGCAUUUACAAUGGAAACAGAAGAGAACAGCACAGAACCAUUGCUUAUAGCACAAGAAUUGUUUAGUUAUGUUAAUGAAGUGAAGAAAUCCAAGCACUACCUCCCAAUAUUUGUCAUUGAGCCAACGAGAGACACGAGAGUGAAUCUGGGAGAGCAAAUUGAUUUGUCCACACUCUUGAGAAGAAGAAUAGGAAUUGGAAUAGUAUCUGGCAUGUGGGUUGUGUAUUUGGUUUGGAAUAUGAGGAGGAGUUGGGACUGGGAGCAGUGAUAGUUAUCCUAAGAGCACUAAAAAUUCAAAGGGAGAUUGAGAGAAGAAAAGAAGAGGGUAUGGUGUGGUGGGUCCAAAAAGACUGCCUUCUGGGGAGGGUGUGGAGUGGAUUGGAUGAGGAGUGGAAAGUGGGUGUCGGCAUCAAGGAUGGGAAUAGAGAAGGCAAACAAAGUCUUACAUUGAUUAGGAAAUAGAGUGAUUCAUGAUACAUAGACGAAAACAAUUAUCUCUACUAGUAUGAGGUCUUUUGGGUGAAGAUUCUACUUAAAGUGCAAUAUCAUAUUAUUGUGGAGAUAUUUCGAAAUACGAGGGUCCCAUUGUCCGGAAGGUGAGUUAUACGAGUGAGUGAGGGUGUGUUCCAAGUUGUAAUAUUGGAAGGAUUUGGUUGGAAGUCAGCGUCAUCCAUGUCAGGUAAAGCAGGCCUAAUUGCCCUCCUGCUCCAUCUUUCUGGUUCCGGUGCCGUCGCAUCUCUCCCAUUAUUUUACUCCUUUUUCCCAUUA